AUUACUUUUUCACUUUCACAAAAUUGGACAGCAGCGGCACUCUCUCUAACUUUCCCGUUGAGUAGGCUCUUGCUCUCCACUCCUCUCCUCUCGUCGUCUAUAAGUUAUGGGAGGUGUAACAGGCGAUAUCAAUGGAAGUCUGGUUAUCUUUGGGGAUAUAAUAUGGGUUAAGCUCCAUGAAGAUUCAUGGUGGCCUGCACAGGUUGUUGAUGAGAAUUCAGUAAGUUCAGGAAACAAACCAAGCAAUAAAGGAUCAAGCAGUGAUGUUCUUGUUCGGUUAUAUGGAAGCUAUAUAUUCAAGUAUGUAGAUGUUCAUAAAUCUCGUGCUGAGUUUAAAAAGAUCCUAGAAGAAAACAAUUUCAAUCAUGAUGAUAUUAUGAAGAAAUCUCUGGAGAAGGAUCUUCCUAGCUUAAAUGGAAGUUCAAAGAAGCGACAAAGGUCUACAUCCAAAGGAGUAAAAGAGUCUUCUCAAAAAAGAUCAUCAAAAAAGGACACAUCAGAUAAACCCCAGUCAAAGAUUUCAAGCAAAAAGCAAAAACAAGAAAAACCAAAAACUGCAACUCCAGACAGGAUACACAAUGGCAUUGACACAUCAGCAUCUACUCCAAACAUUGGAAAUUUGAGCGGACGUCGAAUGAAGGUGAUGCAGAGUCUUGGUUUAGUAGCGCCUUUGGGGUCACCAUUUCCUCGUAACCGAGUUAUUUCACCUUCACCUAACCCAACUCUGUUGAGUUGACUAGUCAACAUCUUUUGGAUUUGUUGUUUCAUUAUCAACUAAUGUUUCUAAUGUCACCAAAGCUUUUGGUUAACUAAAACAUGAUGAUUAUUGAUUGGGAAUGCUGUUUGUCUAAUAGAUUUACUAAUAUCUAGUAAACAAAUUUUCGUGCUUUUAACUGUAUUAUGUAGACAUGGACUUUGUUUAGUGAAAUCGUUAGAGGGGAACAUAAAAAUUUGGGUUCCGUUUGUUUGUUAUGCAGGAU